CUCGACAGAUCCCUUGCUCAAAAGAGAGCUGAGCGCCUUCUCGCGCCGGCCGCUUGUGCCUCUUCUCUAACAAAUUCUUUCACAAUCUACAAACAGCUGUCUCUUCAUCCUCAAGCGCGCUCAUCAUCCCUAAUCAGUCUGUGUUUGACUUCUUAAACAGCUUCUUGUGUACGCUUCCAAAAAGCAAAGUACAGUAAAAAGAAUGCCUAGAGGCUACCCUGGCACUGGUUCGGGUGCUCACAGUCCUGUCAUCAAAAAGGAAAAUGGUGCCAAACCAUAUAAACAUAGCGCGCAUGCCCGGGCCAUCACUGCUACUUCGAGCAAACGGCCUCAAGUAUACUGCGUCACAGAGCUAGAAUGGGAUGAACGUAUUCCGAAUUGCACGCAGAGUGAUGUCAAGCUGCUAGGAUGUUUUUCAAGUAUCGAAAAGGCGAAUUCAGUCGUGGCCGAGUGGCAUACGCGAAUUUACGUGAAGAAGAGUGUGGCUGAGUUUGAUCAGUACCAGCUUAUGAAGGAUCAAGGCCUCUGUCAGCUCAAUGUAGCUGUUGGCAGACAAACAUGGCAAGUCGCCGUUGAAGCUGUUGAGCUCGAUGAAGAGUUCACCAUGAGUUUACUGGAGAGCAAUAAUCCUGUACAGCCAAAUGGUACGGCACAAACUACUUUUGACCCGCCAGAGUAUAGCUCGCAAGACCACAAGAAGAAGCCAAGCAGGCCCAAGGCGGAAUCUGUCACGCCGCUGUUGCACUCUCCACACGCAACCUUUUCAUCGGCAAAGCAGGCUUACGAACAUGGAACGCCUUCAAAGGCCACGACAUCUAUACCUACACCAGCGUCUGCGUCACGAGUUGGUCAAACAACGCUGGCAAAGCAAAGCUCUGCAGUGAAGCAUAAUGGCGUCAAGCGCAAAUCAGAAGCAAUGAGAGAUGGCUCCGUGUCGCCUGCCAAACCAGCGUGGAUCGAUACAACCAUGAAACCCAUUCCACCGCUCACGAGCAAAAAGGACACAUCAGCUGCCCCGAGGCCUCUUGGAGCACCAGCAGCACCAGCAGCACCAGUAGCAACAGCAGCAACAGCAGCAACAGCACCAUACAAAUCAGCUCCAUCGACACUUCAAAAGCCACAGUCAGAACCAAAAUUACUGCAGCGACCGCCAACUGGGAGCACGCUUUCGUCACUACCGCCCACACCAGAGCCUGUUAGACCGAUGCAUGCACCGUUUGCGUCAGCCAGUGCUGCGAUACGGGUCUCGCGAGCAUCGGGUUCGUCGGAUGAGAGUGAAGUGGAUAGUGAUCUUGAGAGGCGGCGGAAGAAGAAGAUCAAGCGGGAGCUGCAGAAGCUGGGCGUCAUAGUCGGCCAGACUUGAUGUGUCGAGCGUAUCUAUAGUGCCAUCUUCAUACUAUGUAUUUUACUGUUUGACCUAGC